CCCUCCCUCCCUCCCCAGCUUUUGUGGCUCUGCAGUGACUGGAAAGGGCAGCGAGCUGCAGGAGGGGCUGGACAGUGCCAGGGAGAAGGUGCAGAGCCCCAGGGAGCAGCUGGAGCAGAGACACGGCCAUCACCUGUCCCAGGACCCCUGUCCCAGCCUGGGGGACACAUCCAGUGUGUCCUGACUGUGCCAGCACCCUGUGAGGAGCCAGUGGCAGCACCAUGUCCCAGGCAGGAGGAGCUGAGGAGGCCUUUGAACACCGUGAUGUGGUCAUCAACAGCCAGGACAAGGUUUCAGAUGUGUACACACAGCUGGAGAAGCUCGGGGAGGGGAAAUUUGGGACUGUGUACAGGCUGCAGGAGAAGGCCACGGGCAGGAUCCGGGCUGGGAAAUAUUUCCGGGCACGCACGGCCAAGGAGAGGCAGGCGGCGCGUGCCGAGGUGGAGCUGAUGAACCUCCUGCACCACCCAUGCCUCGUGCAGUGCCUUGAGGCCUUCCAGGAGCCCACCCAGCUGGUGAUGGUCAUGGAGUACGUGGCAGGUGGGGAGCUCUUUGAGCGCAUUGUGGACGAUGACUUUGAGCACACAGAGCCCAGCAGUGCCCGGUACAUGCAGCAGAUCCUGGAGGGGCUGCAGUUCAUGCACGGCCAGGCCAUCGUCCACCUGGACCUCAAACCCGAGAACAUCGUCUGUGUCAGCCCCGGCAGCCACCGCGUCAAGAUCAUCGACUUCGGCCUGGCAUGGAGGCUGAGUGAGCACAGCCCUGUGAAGGUUCUCCACGGCACCCCUGAGUUCAUGGCUCCAGAAGUGGUCGCCUUCGAGCCCGUGAGCUUCUCCACGGACAUGUGGAGCGUUGGUGUCAUCUGCUACAUCCUGCUGAGUGGGGAGUCACCCUUCCAGGGGGACACGGACAUGGAGACCCUGAGCAACGUCACAGCUGCCCAGUGGGACUUUGAGGAGGAGACCUUCUCAGAGAUCUCCCAGCAAGCCAAGGACUUCAUCAGCCAGCUGCUGCAGAAAGAGCCCAGCCGGCGGCUCCCCAGCGCAGGGGCUCUGCUGCACCCCUGGCUGCAGCAGCCCCAGCCCAGCAGCCCCAAGGUGCUGAACAAGGAGAGGAUCAGGCAGUUCCUGGCACGGAGGAAGUGGCAGAAAACAGGGAAAGCCCUGCUGGCUCUCAAGAGGCUGACCCUGCUGUCCCAGAGCCUGGAGGGGAAGGCAUCAGAGGCUCAGGAUGAGGAAGGCCUGGAGAAGGAGCAGCCCUGCAGAGCUCUGCCCCAACGAGGUGCCAGCCCCUCAGAUCUGCUGCCAGACCCGGAGGAAGAGGAGGAGGAGGAUGGUGGGAGCGCUGCAGCCUCAGGGCAGUGA